UAGGUUUUACUGAAAACGAAGAAAAAGAAGGUCAGUUCAGUAGAUCUAUCCAAAACCAAGGGCAUUUCCGUCAACCAAAAAUCACCAGCAAACACACAAGAAAACCGUGAAAGAUGAAAAAAGAUCACACACUCACACACACACUCAUUUCACACACACAAUAAGAUAACCGUUUUCAUGAUUCCAAUAUCUCCAAUUUCAGAUUCCUGAUUCUGAUGAUAUACAGUUUCCAGACGAUGAAUUCCAUUAUUGCAUGCUUGUACGUUUGCUACGUUGAGUUAUCUCUUCAACUAUUUGCUGUCAUUUGUUUGUAUGCACCAACUAUACGCUCAAUUAAAUCCGUAAAUCGUGAUGUACUGAUGCAUCUGUGAAUCUGUGAUUCGUUUAGCUGGUUUAAAAUAUUGGAUAGAUCCGUUGUAUUUUGAGAAGAAGCGGUUGAAUCGGCUGAAUUUGCUUAAUUGAACAUGUUCAUGUGGUUUAAACAAGAGCAAUGAAAAUUGUGGUCAGGUUGCAGAGGUGUUAAUUUUGGAGCUAUUUGGUUAGAACGUUGCAGAUGCGAAAUAUCCUUACUAAAUUUGGUGAAUACGAACGCUUCGGACUGUUUUGAUUCCUUUACAGGGGGUACUACAUUUUUAGAAACACCUUUAGUAGUGAUAAGCUGGUGAAAUUUCAUCAGUCAAAAGGGUCUUUUCCCUGAUUUUGGAGGUAUUCAAUUAAGCUUUUGUUACUGGACAGCUUGCACUUUUCUACUCAUACGUCUUUGAAGAAUCAUAUCCUUGUGGUGGGGACUGAUUGACUCACACAAUAAUGCAGAUUGGGUUUUCAUGUACUUAAAGUUCCGUAUAUACCCGCUGUUCCUCUUUGUAGAAAUGUUUUCGGGUCGGGUGUGUUAAAGUAGUGAUAUUUAAGAGUGGUGCUAUUUUAAUUGGGUUCAAUGAGUAGAGACGAGAAGAUGGUGAAGGUGGAAAAGGGAUCAGAUGCCGCUGAGAAAAUAGUUGUUGCGGUGAAGGCAUCUAAGGAAAUCCCGAAGACCGCUUUGGUUUGGGCUUUGACUCAUGUGGUUCAACCGGGGCAUUGUAUUACAUUGCUUGUGGUCUUGCCUGCACAAAGUUCUGGUAGGAAACUAUGGGGUUUUCCAAGAUUCACCGGGGACUGCGCUAGUGGCCACAGAAAAUCUUAUAUGGGAACAAGUUCAGAACAAAAAAUCGAUCUUACUGAUUCCUGCUCUCAAAUGAUUCUUCAACUUCAUGAUGUUUAUGAUCCUAAUAAGAUAAACGUGAAGAUUAAAAUUGUUUCUGGAUCGCCAUGUGGAGCCGUAGCUGCAGAGGCUAAGAAAAUUCAAGCUAGCUGGGUUGUAUUGGAUAAGAAGCUUAAACAUGAACAAAAGCGAUGUAUGGAAGACUUGCAAUGCAACAUUGUGGUAAUGAAAAAAUCACAGCCGAAAGUUUUACGUCUAAAUUUAGUUGGAUCACCUAAGAAGAACCCUGAAGCCGAUUGUCCACUGCCUUCAACAAAUCAAUCAUCUGAAAAACAAACAAAAAACAAAAACUCAUCUCUCGAUUCCAUUCGUGGGCCUGUUGUUACUCCAACAAGCAGCCCCGAAGUAUUCACCGCAACCGAAGCCGGAACCUCAUCAGUCUCAAGUUCUGAUCCGGGUACUUCACCGUUUUUCAUCCCGGUAACCAACAGUUUGUUAAAAAAGGAUAAGUCAUUAGCCGGAAAAGAAAGUCAGGAUCUUAACGAGUCGAGUUCCGAUUCCGAAAGUGAGCAUUUAUCGUCAACUUCAUCUAGCUUACGGUUUCAACCAUGGAUGGUGGAUAUGAUCACAUCCAGCUGUCAAUCAUUUCAAAUCAAGGAAGAAAGCUCACAACGUUUUACUUCGUUAGAAACUUCUAGAUCACAAGACAUGUUCCGGAGGUUAUCUAAGCUUGAUAGAGAUAGCGAGCACGGAAGCCAUAGAAGCGAUGUGGAUUUUAACGGUAAUGUUCGAGAAGCGAUAGCUUUCUCUAGAAACAUACCGUCGGGCCCACCUCCUUUGUGCACGAUAUGUCAGCAUAAGGCACCAAUAUUUGGAAAACCGCCAAGGUGGUUCAGUUACGCUGAGCUGGAGCUUGCCACUGGAGGAUUCUCUCAAGCUAACUUCUUGGCUGAAGGAGGAUUUGGGUCGGUACAUAGAGGGAUACUUCCGGAUGGUCAGGUAGUUGCGGUCAAACAACAUAAAUUAGCAAGCUCUCAAGGGGAUCAAGAAUUCUGCUCGGAAGUUGAAGUGUUGAGCUGCGCUCAGCAUCGGAAUGUUGUUAUGCUGAUUGGAUUUUGUAUCGAAGACGGAAGGAGGCUGCUUGUUUAUGAAUAUAUAUGCAACGGAUCACUGGAUUCACAUCUUUAUGGACGUCAUCGAGAUCCACUAGAAUGGGCUGCACGACAAAAAAUUGCGGUUGGAGCUGCUCGAGGCUUACGCUAUCUUCACGAAGAAUGCAGAGUUGGUUGCAUUGUUCAUCGUGACAUGCGGCCAAACAACAUCCUAAUCACCCAUGAUUUUGAACCUCUGGUAGGAGAUUUUGGCCUAGCGAGAUGGCAGCCUGAUGGUGAUACCGGAGAAGAAACAAGAGUAAUAGGGACAUUUGGAUACCUGGCUCCUGAGUAUGCACAAAGUGGCCAGAUUACCGAGAAAGCUGACGUGUAUUCCUUCGGAGUUGUACUGGUAGAGCUUGUUACGGGACGAAAAGCAGUGGAUCUUAACAGACCUAAAGGCCAACAAUGCCUCACAGAAUGGGCACGACCAUUGUUGGAAGAAGAUGCCAUUGACGAGUUAAUCGACCCACGGUUAGGGAACGCUUAUUCAGAACAAGAGGUUUAUUGCAUGUUACAAGCGGCUUCUCUAUGCAUUAAACGUGAUCCACAGUUACGCCCGCGCAUGUCACAGGUGUUACGCAUACUAGAAGGGGACAUGAUGAUGGAUUCGAGUAACGAUGUUGGGAACCGGAGUGGUAGGAUUUACAUGGAUCGUCAACUGAGUCCAAUGAGGGAGAUGAUGGAUGGGUUGAGUAGCAAAGUUUCUGUGGACUCGAUGCGGCAUUGGCAAAGAGAAAAGACGAGAAGAACAACAUGCGAUGAUCGAAGGUAAUGAUGCAAAAAACGUAGAGGUCCCAAGUACAGCGUGUCCAACCUUUUUGGUUCAUCGUGUAUGCUUUUGUCCUUGUACAGGACAUGAUUGGUUGGUGUUUUUGUAAUCAUUAUCAUUUUGAAUGAAGAAACAGCUGCACAAAGUGUUGGUGAAUAUAUUCUUUUCUUGAUGUCUUAUGCA